GUAACGAUUUAAAAAGCGGUGCCAUCCGCAUACCACGCAGGGUCUGACCUGCCAGCCAGUGCCCACAUUUCCAGGCGCCCAUGUGUCAUUUUAUUUUGGCAGAAAUAAAGGUUGUCCGGAUGCCUGCAAAGCGCUGCCCCAUCUGAGACACAGCAGAGGACGCGGUGCUUCAAGUGUCUUCAUAUUCAUGGAAUAAAAGCAGCCAUCAUGUUGGGGAAGUCAGAUGGGAAAAAGAAGUGGGCGGCAGUCAGGGGUCGUCUGGGCUCCUCGCAGGACUCAGACACCCAGCAGGAGGCCAACCUGGAGAGUGCUGAUGCAGAGCUGUGCAUCAGACUGCUGCAGGUUCCCACUGUCGUCAACUAUUCAGGGCUAAAGCGGCGCCUGGAGGGCAGCGACCAGACAUGGAUGGUCCAGUUCCUGGAGCUGAGUGGCUUGGAUCUCCUCCUGGAGGCCCUGGACCGGCUCUCGGGGCGGGGAUGCUCUCGCAUUGCAGACGCCCUCCUGCAGCUCACCUGCGUCAGCUGCGUCCGAGCAGUUAUGAACUCCUCUACGGGGAUCCACUUCAUUAUCGAGAACGAGGGAUACAUUCGGAAGCUCUCCCAAGCUUUGGACACUUCCAACACGAUGGUGAAGAAGCAGGUGUUUGAGCUGCUUGCUGCCCUCAGCGUGUUCUCUGCAGACGGUCACCGCCUUGCACUGGAUGCUCUGGAUCACUACAAGGCAAUGAAGACGCAGCAGUAUCGCUUCAGUGUAAUCAUGAACGAGCUGCAGGCCACAGAUAACAUCCCGUACAUGGUUACACUCCUCAGUGUCAUCAACGCCAUCAUUUUCGGGACAGACGACCUCAGGCAGAGAGAUAAGAUGAGAAAGCAGUUUAUUGGGCUCCAGUUACUUGAUAUUCUGCCCAAGUUAAGGUGA